AUGCUGCUAAGGCUGGAUCUCCUCAGCCUACUGGCCCUCUCUCCCUCUCUGGCUGCCCCACACCGAGGCUCCCUUCCUGGAGUGGAUUCUCCCCACAGUGGGCCCCGCGCCAGGAGCUCCAGAAACAACAAGCUGCUGCUCAUCUCGUUCGAUGGGUUCCGAUGGGACUAUGACAGGGACGUGGACACCCCUCACCUGGACACGAUGGGCCGGGGCGGGGUCAAUGCUGCCUAUGUCACACCCCCCUACCUCACCAUCACCAGCCCCACACACUUCACCCUGCUCACAGGUAAGCUAUUGCUACACACAUGCACAACUGUUACACACACUGCUAACUUACAUAACCAACUUCACCCUAAUCACAGAACAACACGUAUUGCUUCUAAAGAGUGUAGCCUACUGCCAGUGCCACACGCAAUACAACGCACACAGACAUUAUAGUCCACCAUUGAUUUGUACCUUCUAAAAAAAAAUAUGCACACCUGGCCUUAUACAAAUCACUGGUUUUUCCCAUUCAUUCGUAAAAAGUAUUCAAUCUGUAAUUUGAGCAAAUAAGGAGAACAAUGCUGGCGUAACAGUUUAGCCACAAUCAAAAGUCUACUAUCAAAAUUGGAAACAAUGUUUAAUUUUUAAGAUUUACCGACAGGACGAAAUACAACGCUUCUACAUGGAGCAUGCGCAUGCACCGUUGAGACCCGCAAGCAACUUCUUCACAAGCCUGGGGUGUAUUCAUUACGUAAACCGUUUACCGUUUAAGAACCAAAUAGAAGCCAACAGAGCUAAACAAGAGUUUCUAUUGGACAAAUUCAUGUUUUGUUCUGUUUGCUUUCGUUUAAGAAAAGUUUUGUAACAGAAUCAACUGAUUGAAUACACCCCAGGCGUGAGAAGCAGGGAGGAAGGGUGGCAACAUGUAACACUGGGCUUUACAAUUGCUUGUAACCACUGUCUGCAACAAUGUAUCAACAUAGACGUCCAAAAGUAACUCCCUGAUGAAAACGUUUUGGUGUAAAAAGUCUUAACAGUUGUUUGACUUGUGGAUUGUUCUACUACAGGUGAUAGCCCUGAAAGAAACACACAGUGAAGCAUUGUCUAUAGCCUAAGUAGGACAGUAGCUAAUUAGGCCAGUCUACCCAAAUCACCUAAACAUAAACAUACAAUUAUUUUCUAAGGCAAAACCAAUUGCUGAAUGGCUUCUUAUUCGGGUCAAAUAGGCCUUGUGGCGAUGUGCCUGUGAACUGUUUUCCUCCGUAUCUACCCACAAGCAAAUUGUUUGCUACAAAUCAUUAAGUAUAUAAAACAUUAAGAACACCUGCUCUUUCCAUGACAUAGACUGACCAGGUGAAUUCAGGUGAAAGCUAUGAUCCCUUAUUGAUGUCACUUGUUAAAUCCACUUCAAUCAGUGUAUCUGAAGGGGAGGAGACAGGUUAAAUAAGGAUUUUGAAGCGUUGAAACAAUUGAGACUUGGAUUGUGUAGGUGUGCAUUGAGGGUGAAUGGGCAAGACAAAAGUGCCUUAUAACGGGGUAUGGUAGUAGGUGCCAGGCGCACCGGUUUGUGUCAAGAACUGCAACGCUACUGGGUUUAUCACGCUCAACAGUUUCCUGUGUGUAUCAAGAAUGGUCCACCACCCAAAGGACAUCCAGCCAACUUGACACAACUGUGGGAAGCAUUGGAGUCAACAUGGGCCAGCAUCAAUGGUCCCUCUCUAAGCUGUGCGCGUGCACGGGUGCCAGCUCCCCUCUGACUGCUGCUCAGAAGAAAUAUGAGCCUGUGCAGAGAAGCAUGAGAUUGAACUUCACUCAACUUUCUACAGUUUUCCCCUUUAGUUAACACUAUAAACCUUUCGCUCUACUGUGGGAAUUUUGAUCGAAUCAAUGAAAUAUUAGCCACUUUCAAUGAGGAUAUACCGAAACAAAACAAACUAUGCAAGAUUUGGUAUGCAAAACUAACUGUGCAAGAGAUUUUCUUGUAGGCAGAGCGCAUUGGAUUCUAUUGCACUGACAGGCAUGACUCAGGCUGGUACCCUGCAUUGGAAUAGGAUUCUAUUGCAUUGACAGGCAUGACUCAGGCUGGUACUCUGCAUUGGAGUAGGAUUCUAUUGCAUUGACAGGCACGACUCAGGCUGGUACUCUGCAUUGGAGUAGGAUUCUAUUGCACUGACAGGCAUGACUCAAGCUGGUACCCUACAGUCCCCUGUAGCUCAGUUGGUAGAGCAUGGCACUUGCAACGCCAGAGUUGUGGGUUUGUUUCCCACGGGGCCCAGUAUGAAAAUGUAUGCACUCACUAACUGUAAGUCGCUCUGGAUAAGAGUGUCUGCUAAAUGACUAAAAUGGAAAUGUACCCUGCAUUGGAAUAGGAUUCUAUUGCAUUGACAGGCAUGACUCAUGCUGGUACACUACACAGAGCAAAACUCUACACAGACCAGUGCGCCAUAACCAAUCAGAGCUGCAGUAGGCCUAUAUGCAAACAGCCAUUGCCAUAUAUGGAUCUGUGCCAUUCACUUUGAACUGGACUGUGUUUAGGCUACAGUAUGAGUGGUCACGAGUAGAUGCGCUUGUUUUGAGAUCAAAGUGAGAGCUGCAUGUAGCCACGUGUGCACAUUUCCUCAUAUUCUUUGCUAGUUAGUGAUUUAUUAGCCCAGUUAUAGCUAAUUUCUAGUCAAUAAUGGGGGAGUGGUUGCUUCCAACAAGAGCACAAAAUGUGUGCAUUCCAAGCCAUCUUUGAAAAGCGAGUCAGGUAAAGAGCUUUUUUAUGUCUUCAAGGGGAAUUUGUUGUAUUUUAAGACGGUCUUGAAUAAGCUAAGUAGCCAAUAGAGUUGCAUAAUUUGCCUGAUUCUCUGUAAUAAUGGUAUGGGAAUAAUAAUGAAUUCUAUUUUGUACAGUGAUUACUUGCAUCAAACACAACAUUUUCAGUCACCUCCAUGUCUGAAGGACAAGUGGAUACACAGGUUAAUGUCAAGCCCUGCAUGUUUUUGUUUUCAAGUCUCAUGGAAUGUUAGCAUUGAACACCACACAUUGGCUGCUACUGUUGGUUGAAUGAUAGAACAGCUAUUUCCAUGUUAACAUGUUAUGUGAUGCUUUUUUCUCCAUUGUUUUUGAUAGUAGGCCCCUCUGGUAGGCCUACAUUAUGAUCAAAUAGCCAUAGUAGCCUACUUGUAAUUUAAGGUGGGUAGCCUCAGUGUUCACAGAAUUUUCACAAUGUUCAAGUUUACACUCAGCAGACCUGAAAUGUACUUUGUGCCCAAACAAAUUUGAGGGAACAUUGGCAAGCAUGCCUGUGGAAUGCUUUCGACACCUUGUAGAGUCCAUUCCCCAACAAAGGCUGUUCUGAGGGCAAAAGGGGGUGUGCAACUCAAUAUUAGGAAGGUGUUCCUAAUAUUUGGUAUACCCAGUGUAUAAUAUCGCUAAAGCAAGUUAACAGGCAUGAGAGUACGACCCUGCCUUACACAGGAAGCGGCACAGGUCCUUAUCCAGGCACUUGUCAUCUCCCGUCUGGAUUACUGCAACUCGCUGUUGGCUGGGCUCCCUGCCUGUGCCAUUAAACCCCUACAACUCAUCCAGAAUGCCGCAGCCCGUCUGGUGUUCAACCUUCCCAAGUUCUCUCACGUCACCCCGCUCCUCCGCACACUCCACUGGCUUCCAGUUGAAGCUCGCAUCUGCUACAAGACCAUGGUGCUUGCCUACGGAGCUGUGAGGGGAACGGCACCUCCGUACCUUCGGGCUCUGAUCAGUCCCUACACCCAAACGAGGGCACUGCGUUCAUCCAUCUCUGGCCUGCUGGCUCCCCUACCUCUGCGGAAGCAUAGUUCCCGCUCAGCCCAGUCAAAACUGUUCGCUGCUCUGGCACCCCAAUGGUGGAACAAGCUCCCUCACGACGCCAGGACAGCGGAGUCACUCACCACCUUCCGGAGACAUUUGAAACCCCACCUCUUUAAGGAAUAACUGGGAUAGGAUAAAGUAAUCCUUCUACCCUUCUCCUUCUACAUCCGCACUGAGCUAAAGGGUAGAGCUGCCGCUUUCAAGGAGCGGGACUCUAACCCGGACACUUAUAAGAAAUCCCGCUAUGCCCUCUGACGAACCAUCAAACAGGCAAAGAGUCAAUGCAGGACUAAGAUUGAAUCGUACUACACCGGCUCUGACGCUCGUCGGAUGUGGCAGGGCUUGAAAACUAUUACAGACUACAAAGGGAAACACAGCCGCGAGCUGCCCAGUGACACAAUACUUCCAGACGAGCUAAACCACUUCUAUGCUCGCUUCGAGGCAAGCAACACUGAAGCAUGCAUGAGAGCACCAGCUGUUCCGGAUGACUAUGUGAUCACGCUCUCCGUAGCCGAUGUGAGUAAGACUUUUAAGCAGGUCAACAUUCACAAGGCCGCAGGGCCAGACGGAUUACCAGGACGUGUACUCCGAGCAUGUGCUGACCAACUGGCAAGUGUCUUCACUGACAUUUUCAACAUGUCCCUGACAGAGGGUCAGAGACCUGGCCGUGUGGUGCCAGGAUAACAACCUCUCCCUCAACGUGACCAAGACAAUGGAGAUGAUUGUGGACUACAGGAAAAAAAAGAGGACUGAGCACGCCCCCAUUCUCAUCGACGGGGCUGUAGUGGAACAGGUUGAGAGCUUUAAGUUCCUUGGUGUCCACAUCACCAACAAACUAUCAUGGUCCAAACACACCAAGACAGUCGUGAAGAGGGCACGACAAAGCCUAUUCCCCCUCAGGAGACUGAAAAGAUUUGGCAUGGGUCCUCAGAUCCUCAAAAAAUUCUACAGCUGCACCAUCGAGAGCAUCCUGACUGGUUGCAUCACCGCCUGGUAUGGCAACUGCUUGGCCUCCGACCGCAAGGCACUACAGAGGGUAGUGCGUACGGCCCAGUACAUCACUGGGACCAAGCUUCCUGCCAUCCAGGACCUCUAUACCAGGCGGUGUCAGAGGAAGGCCCUCAAAAUUGUCAACGACUCCAGCCACCCUAGUCAUAGACUGUUCUCUCUGCUACCGCACGGCAAGCAGUACCGGAGUGCCAAGUCUAGGUCCAAAAGACUUCUCAACAGCUUCUACCCCCAAGCCAUAAGACUCCUGAACAGCUAAUCAUGGCUACCCGGACUAUUUGCACUGCCCCCCCACCCCCACCCCCCACCCCAUCUUUUUACGCUGCUGCUACUCUGUUAAUUAUUUAUGCGUAGUCACUUUAACUCUACCCACAUGUACAUAUUACUUCAACUACCUCAACUAGCCGGUGCCCCCGCACUUUGACUCUGCACCGGUACCCCCCUGUAUAUAUAGCCUCCCUACUGUUAUUUUAUUUUACUUCUGCUCUUUUUUUCUCAACACUUUUUUGUUGUUUUAUUUUACUUUUUUAUAAAAAAUUGGCACUGUUGGUUAAGGGCUGUAAGUAAGCAUUUCACUGUAAUGUCUGCAGCUGUUGUAUUCGGCGCAUGUGGCCAAUAAAAUUUGAUUUGAUUUGAUGGAGGGUCUGAAGGCGGGCUCACUCCACUUCCCCGGCACAGCCGCCGCCACCAAAGGUGAGAGAGUAAAGGUCAGCCAGGUGGAACCUCCUUUCUAUGAGCACAACAAUGAGACGGACUGGAGGAUCAACAUCGACAAGGUGAUUGGUCAGUGGUUCUCCGAGGAGGACCUGGACUUUGUGUCUUUGUACUUCGGUGAACCAGAUACAACGGGACACAAGUAUGGACCAGAUUCCCCGGAGCGCAGGGAGAUGGUCCGACAAGUGGACCGGACUGUGGGAUACAUCCGUGAUACCACCGGAAUCACGGCCUCUCCGAUCGGCUCAACAUCAUCAUCACUGCUGAUCACGGAAUUACCACGAUGCUCCGGAAUGGCCUGGUCGACGAGAUCAUCCUGUCCGAGAUUCCGGGAUUUGACUUCCGGGAUAUCAAGUUCCAACUGGUGGAUUAUGGACCAACAGGAAUGCUUCUUCCCAGAGAGGGAAUGCUGGAGAAGGUGUACCAGGCCCUGA